AUGGAAACAAGACCUUCCAAGCGCAAGAAGCUCAUUGGGUUUGCAGCAAAAGAUGAGGGUACCCAUUACAUUAAAAGAAUCAGUGAUCACCCUGACCCUAUCCUCCAUCACAUUCCACUCUCACUUCCUAUUAAACUCAUUGCUCAAAGCAGCAUCUUAUCAAAACGAUGGAGAUCUCUUUGGUCUUCAUUCCCUGAUCUUGAUUUCACCACCAUGAGCCCUACUAUUGCCGCUUUCAUGACUGGCGGGUUUCAAUCACUCCAAACGUUGUCACUUUCGCUGGUGAAUUUGCAUGAACAAUCGUCCCUCUUGGACUUAUUUACGGAAUCAUCAUUUCCUCGUCUGAAAAAGCUGAAUCUUGAAGUUUUUUAUGGGAUGAAACAUCUUAAGGUCAGUUGUCAAGCCCUUGAAGAUUUCACAUCAGGGAGUUGA